GGAGUGAAGAGUAGUAGAAAGGGUUCAAGAGACAGCAGUGAGUGGGAGGAGUCAGGGCAGGAAAGAGCAGAACUGAUAAAGAACUGUGGGAUGUGUGUUCUCAGGAGAGCCUCAUGGAAGGUUGCAUUUGGAACCCAUAGCUGCUGUCAGAGUGUGCCUGUGAUGCGGUCACCAUGGUAAUCAGUUCAAGAAGUUGGUUCACAGGAGCAGGUUCAGCAGAGCCUCCUGUCUUCUGUUCAGAGUAGCUGGCAUGCCAGGUUUUUACCUUUAGGAGGAAGCCAGAGAUGUGGUCCUUGGGGGAAGUGGGUCACCUUUUCUCUGAAGAGAGCUGAGAGAGUCCUGGGCCUCGACAUUGGAGAGCGCAUAGAGGGCCUAUGGUAGUUUGGGUUUCCCCAGGAGUGGGGGGCAGGGAGCAGGGCCGGCCUGCUGCUCACACUCAGCUGCCUCUCUAGAACUUGAAGCCACUGCUCCCUGGACAGGUGCACGGGAAGGCUGUGCCAGAGAAGAUCUUGAGUUCAUGCCGAAAGACUAUCCUGCACAGUCACAGAAUCUGCAUUAUACAGCAUCAUUAUCAUGGGCGCCAAUGCCUCGGCAUUAGAGAAAGAGAUUGGUCCAGAACAGUUUCCAGUCAAUGAGCACUAUUUUGGAUUAGUCAAUUUUGGGAAUACCUGCUACUGUAAUUCAGUUCUUCAAGCACUUUAUUUUUGUCGUCCAUUUCGGGAAAAAGUUCUAGCAUACAAGAGCCAACCUAGGAAGAAGGAGAACCUUCUUACCUGCCUAGCAGACCUCUUCCAUAGCAUAGCCACUCAGAAGAAGAAGGUUGGGGUGAUUCCUCCUAAGAAGUUCAUAACAAGAUUACGGAAGGAAAAUGAACUAUUUGACAACUACAUGCAGCAAGAUGCCCAUGAAUUCUUAAAUUACCUGCUAAAUACAAUUGCUGAUAUUUUACAAGAAGAAAGAAAGCAGGAGAAACAAAAUGGCCGUUUACCUAACGGUAAUAUUGACAAUGAGAACAACAACAGCACACCAGACCCAACGUGGGUUCACGAGAUUUUUCAGGGCACACUGACAAAUGAAACCAGAUGUCUUACUUGUGAAACUAUAAGCAGCAAAGAUGAAGAUUUUUUAGACCUUUCUGUUGACGUGGAACAAAACACAUCGAUCACUCACUGCUUAAGGGGAUUCAGCAACACAGAAACUCUGUGCAGUGAGUACAAAUAUUACUGUGAAGAAUGUCGCAGCAAACAGGAAGCACACAAACGGAUGAAAGUUAAAAAACUGCCCAUGAUUCUGGCCCUGCACCUGAAGAGGUUUAAAUACAUGGAUCAGCUUCAUCGAUACACAAAACUGUCUUACCGGGUAGUGUUUCCUUUAGAACUUCGUCUGUUUAACACCUCUGGUGAUGCGACCAAUCCUGACAGAAUGUACGACCUUGUCGCCGUGGUGGUUCACUGUGGAAGUGGUCCCAAUCGAGGACAUUAUAUUGCAAUAGUUAAGAGUCAUGAUUUUUGGUUAUUGUUUGAUGACGACAUUGUAGAAAAAAUAGAUGCACAAGCUAUUGAAGAAUUCUACGGGUUGACAUCAGAUAUCUCAAAGAACUCAGAGUCUGGUUACAUCCUUUUCUAUCAGUCUCGGGACUGAGCGGGAUCGUGAUGAAGAGAUAGUUUCUGCCUCAUUUCUUCUCUGGUUAUUUUGGAAAGGAUCAAGCACUGAUUUUUCAAGACAAGAGAAAUGCAGGAAGCUCAGGGGGCAGUAGCACACUUUGCACACAAUAAAGCAAAGACUAUGGAUUAACACGCUCUUCCUAUCAUGGUAGUUGAUUUAUUUGCUCAGGUAUCAUGCUGUCUGUGCAGUUCCACACAACAAGGAAGUGAAAUCAGAGAUAGCAGCUCCUCUUGUAAAACAGCCUUCCAGUAAUUGAUAUGCAUUUCUCUUUAUUAAUUGCACCAGUAAUGAUUUGAACUCCUUGGGGGUGCAGUAGAAAGACUAGGAAUCUGUGCUAGGUUGUAUUGAUCAUUUAAGGAGAUCACACCGAACACACUGCGUAAAUUUGCCUGUGUUGAAGCCACACAGAAGGAAUAUUUGGUGUCUUUUCAAGUGUAAACCAGAACUGCAUUUGGGCCCAACACUUGCUGUUGCCUUCCUGAUGUCAGAACUCAGCUCACUAGAAUCCAGUGUCAGGAAGGCAAAUAUGUUUUGCUUCUCUGAAGAAGCUUAUAAUAAUAUACAGUAUAUGUAUAUGUAGGGAACAAUUGGUCAAAAGUGGCUUUUUGUUUCCCCAAGGGGAAAGACUGGCUUUGUAAUUAUCAUUUUUUUUCUUAUUUAUUUUACUUAAAACUGGUAGAGUCUUAAGUAUUUUGUGAAGUGCCCAUGAUUCUGUCAGUAAAUUUGAGCAUAUUUUUAUUAGUUUUUGUCAGUUUUACUAGUCCUUUUGUUUGUUUCUAUUUUGAAGGUGAAUUGUAAACUCUAUUUUAAAGUCCUAGGAUACCUUAAGAAAAAUUUGCAAUGAGAGGAGAUAAAUACUCUUUUUCAGGAGGAACUGAUAUCUCUGGCUAAUAUUUGUCCUUUGUUAGAGUUUAUAAAUCAGUUGUUCAGCUUUAAUCUCAGCAGCAUAAAAAACUGUCAGAAUCUCCCUGUCACAGUUGGAAGGAUGAAGGAACGUGUGACCCCGUGGGGGCGCAACAGUCCUGAGCACUCUCAAGUUCUCGGACGUUUCAAGAUGAGGCCGCGCUUGGAAAAUGGGUGUCGUAGCAGUUAUGUUCUCUUCAAACGUCAUUCUUUACCCAGGAAAGAAGUAAUCUGUCAAAACCCCAGCAGCCCCCGAGGCUCGCUGCACACACCUGACGAAGAUGAAGUGUUUGUGGCGCAGGCCGGGAACACGCGGAGCGAGUCCUUUUCUCUUCCUCCCAGCCCCUCCCGCCAUCUUCACAAACCUUACUGGAAGAGUGUUCAGAGAUUACACUUUGCCUUUGUUAAGACUUUCUUCUGUUGGGAGUUUGAAGAAGUAAUAUAUGUCAUGUCAAGUGCACGUGAACCGUGGCGGUCGGCCCUUUUCCACGCAUCAUUAAGUUGUCGGACGGUGGCCAAACCUAACAUGCAGGAGAUGAUUGAAUACAGAGUCCAAAUCACAGCGAUCAGGCCUUGGAUGUUCUUUAAGUCCCUUUAGGAAGUAAUUUUUUUUUAAUUGCUGUAAUUUUCUAAACUUCUUUGACUAAUACUGUUGAAUAUGAAAAAAAAACUUUUGUCUGCUGCUAUUUAUUAACAUUUAUUAUCUGUAUCUUUUAGCUCAGGAAAUGACUUCACCUACUCGUUCCAUGAACUGAUCUUUAACAGGGUUACUUGGCUAAUCGGGCUGUUUCAACAGAUGUGCUGGGAGAAAAUGAUGUAUUUUGACAACUUGCUUUUUAAGAUUAUAGUUGCUAAAACCUGACGCUGGCUGGAGUGGGUUUGUACAAAUUAUGUAGCCUGCCCAAUGACUACAUGGCACAGAGAAUCAUGACUGAGAAUGUGGGGAAGGUCACAGACGUGGAAGUGGAUACAUUUUUUUAUUUUGAGGGCUUAAACCAAAUUGUCUUGGAACUCGAGGCUGUGUUUCUGCAGCGUUGAGCGCAGAGAGACGUAAAGUGAGGCUGAGGCAGUCUUCACUUGAGUCAGGCCACAGCAUGGAUAAGAGAGACAGAUGAAGUCAUUUGCAUAGAGGUACAGCAUUGGAAUACUACGCUGUGUUUGUUUCUACAUUUUGCAUUUUUAAAAAAUACAGUAAAAGCAAGGUUAAAUCUCCUAUUAAAGCAAGUUCUAGCAUUUUUAUUGAGUUCUUUGGUAGUCACACACUGUUCACAUCUACACCAUGUUUAAUAGUAUGAUUUGUCUGGGGAGGGACUGUGGGGUGAUGGUUCUGUUUCCUUUUUACUCUUAGUACAGCUGCAUCUACAUAAAAUGUUUUGAAGCUUAUCAGAAACUCAGUAAACUUUGAAAACAAAGGGUUAGAGUUGGGGGGGAAAAUGCAGGUAUUUAGUAAGAAAAAUGACCCAUCUAGAAAGCAUUGUGAGGUUGUGUGUUGGUUGACUGUGAUUGAAAUGAGGGGCGGGGGUAGUAAAGGGUGGCUGACUGCUCUCUAACCAUGUACAUGUUUGUUGGGAUGGCUGUCCCAUAUUUUUUGUAUAUUGGAAUAAAAAUUUCUAUAAAUUAUCGUAACUGAAAGUAAAUAUUCUAAAUUAAGUCUCACUGCUAAGCCCUAUGGCUUCUGUCUUGGAAACUUUACCUUUAGAAGAUUGCUUAAGACAGGAACCGUGAGACUUCAGGAAAAGGGAAAAAAAGGACAUGUGUAAUAUAUGGGUCUUGUUGCCUCUAACCAUCAGUAUCGGGUUUUUUUCUUUUUGGUGAUGGCAGUAGAAAGACCUCACUUUCAUAACAUACUACUCUUGAUACUUUCUUUAAGGACACUUUUCAUUAAAGAUUCUCCCAUGAGGUAUUUAACUGGGAGCCGGGAGGCUAAGGCGCUCAGGUCCUGGCUCUUCAGUGAAUUUAACUGUGUGACCUUGGGCAAGUCACUUAACCUCUCUGUGCUUCAGUCUCCCUAUCUUGUAAAAUGGGAGUAAUACCUACCUCACAGGGUUGUUGUGGGGAUUAAUUAGAUAUAAUGUCUGUAAAGCAUCUAAGGUUCUUGAAGAAGGCGCUAUAUAAAUACAAAAUAAUAUCUAUUAAAGUUGGUUUAUUUGUG